AUGGCCUUUCAGAAAUUCUUCAGCCUCUCUGAGCACGCUGAGAAUAAAGAGGAACAUCCAUCCAAUCUCAUCACCAUGAAACAAAGCACUGUCCUUCGCACAACGUUCCUGCUUUGCUGGAUCUUAAUUAUUCUGCCCAGGGUUCAAGGAUCCCCACUCUCAAGAAAUAUACGCUGUCGAUGUAUCAAGUCUCAUGAUGCUGUCCCUCAUGUGAAAUUCUUAGAAAAACUUGAAGUCAUUCCCCAAAGUUCUUCAUGUCCACGUACUGAGAUCAUUGCUACAAUAAAGAGAACUCGGGAGCAAAGAUGUCUGAACCCUGACUCCAAGCAAAUACAAAAUUUAAUCAAAUUAAUUAACAAGAAAAGGUCCACAGAAACUUCUAAAAUCAGAAGUAGAGAUCACCCUACUGCUCCUAAGAGGAUGGACUAG